CAUGGGCUUGCAGCGUGUGGGAAGGAUUAGGUUGGUAAAGCUACGAGUUUGGGAGCUCUUUGGGAGGAAGUGCUGCCGUUUUAGCGGACUUCACCUCUAUGCAGUUUUGAAACGGAUUGAUCUGUUGCAAGGCUCCAAUCCUCAACGAUACUUUGGAAUAUUUCCAAGAGCACUUUCAAUGUCGAACAAACAAGCGCAAAGAAUCACAUUAGCCACAGUGUUUAUGUACAAUGGAUCAAGCCCUCUUGUGGUUCAAGAACCUGUUUACUACAAAGGAGGCAGAAGAAAGCAAAUCGAUUAUACAGAAAAAAUCAUAUGCUGAGAAUGAAGCAUCCUGUUAUGCCAGCAUUAAUAGAACAGAUGCUUCUGAGGUGUCUUGUGUUCCUUGUGGUAACCACACCAGUCGAGCUUUUGUCACUUGUCCUACUUGUCAAGGCACUGGAAGAAUCCCCCGAGAGCAGGAGCAACAGCUAGUGGCUCUCAUUCCAUAUGGAGACCAGCGGCUGAAGCCUAGACGGACGAAGCUGUAUGUAUUUCUCACAGUAGCCAUUUGCCUGCUGACAACUUGUCUCAUGAUGUACUUCCUGUUCCCACGUUCAGUUGCUGUGCUCCCCUCAGGUCUCAAUGCCUCUACCAUUUCUUUUGACAAUUCUACUUCCAGCAUCAUCCUGAAUAUGACUAAUAUAUUAAAUGUGACAAACAACAAUUUUUAUCCUGUGUAUGUGGCUCAGCUUGAUAUUGAAGUCUUGCAUAAAACAGUGGUGAUUGGAAAAAAAACAGUGAUGACUCAAUUGGAUAUUAGGCCUUUGCAGAGUGCCCAGAUCCUUUAUAGUGUCUCUAGUACAAUCAUGGAUACCAACACUUACAAAAUUUGCACAUGGAUCAAGAUAAAAGUUCACAAUGUUCUUCUGCAUAUACAAGGUACCCUGACUUGUUCCUAUCUCUCUCAUUCGGAGCAACUCUCCUUUGAAAAGUAUCAGUAUGUGGAUUGCAGAGAUGGUGUCCUACUAUCUUUAUUCUAAAGUCUCUCAUGGCUACAGUAGAGCCCUGGAGGAACUUCUUUUGGCUACAGUCCCCUUCAGUGAAAUUGCAGUAGCAUGAAGCUUCUGGGGAUUUGUGGGAAGAAACUGAAGCUUUGAUUCUUUAUUGGCAAUUCUACAAAACAGGAAGAUGGCUAUGGUACCACAUUCCUUUUAAGAUAGCAUGUAAUGAUGCUGAUGGAUUAGUUUCAUUUUAAAAGAACAGCAGACUGGAAUGCAAGGAGAACAUGCUAACAUAAGAGAGUUAUACUUCAUAUUGGAAUUUGAGUGGACUUAGGCUGCAUGGAUCACCAAGUGGCUGCUGAAUUUGUACUGAUAUCAUUUAUUUUGGAGGUUAUUGCUUGGAGCUGGGAUCUCUAAACACAAUGAAACUUGCCACUGUAGACUUUAUUGGAGAGCUGGGAGCAUUCUCCUUUUCCCAGAACUAUCUUCUCCCAUAUUCAUAUAGCAGGAGAAAAUCUUGAACUUUUUGAAGGAGAUACCACCGAAUUAAGGUUGUGUUUCUUCUCCCACUAGAUUUUUCUCUGUUCAUUAGUUAAUCUCUUUUAUAAAUUGUAGGAAGAAAAAAAGGCUCCUGAAGCCAAAAUUAUGGCUCUGUUCAAAUUUUGCUUUUCUAAAUCUAUUUCUACUAAUAGCUUUAUUUUGCU